CGGGAGCGGCGGGAGGCGGCGGCUCCGCACCGCAAACUUUCCCGGAGCGACCGGCGGGACCAUGGGCCGCGGCCCGCGCUGAGCACCAUGAUCCCGGCCGGACCCUGCCUCUGCGCCGGGCUCCUGCUCGCCGCCCUCUGCCCUGCAGCCGCCGCCGAAGCCUGCACGGGGACCGACAUGAAGCUGCUGCACCCCUCCAGCCCCGAGAGCCACUACGAGACCCUCAGGCACCUCUACCAGGGCUGCCAGGUGGUGCAGGGCAACCUGGAGCUCACCUACCUGCCCCCUGACGCUGACACCACCUUCCUGAAGGACAUCAAGGAGGUGCAAGGCUACGUCUUGAUCGCGGAGAACCAAGUGAGGCAGCUGGAGCUGCGGAACCUGCGCAUCAUCCGCGGCACGCAGCUCUUCCAGGAGCGCUAUGCCCUGGCUGUCAUGGGCAACGCCGGCCCCGAUGGCACCACGGGGCUGCGCCAGCUGGGCAUGCGGCACCUCACAGAGAUCCUGAAAGGGGGGGUGCGCAUCGAGAGGAACCCCCAGCUCUGCUUCCAGGAGACCAUCCUCUGGUCCGACAUCUUCCACCGCUACAACGAGUUCCGCGGGCACGUCCGGGUGGAGAGCACCCGCAGCCGCAGCUGUCCUGACUGCCGAGCGCUGUGUGCCGAGGGGCACUGCUGGGGUGAGGAGCCACAGGACUGCCAGACCUUGACCAACAGCAUCUGCCACGGCUGCCCACGCUGCAAGGGCACGAAGCCAACCGACUGCUGCCACGAGCAGUGUGCCGCUGGCUGCACCGGCCCCAAGCACUCUGACUGCCUGGCGUGCCUGAACUUCAACCGGAGUGGGAUCUGCGAGCUGCACUGCCCCCCCCUCGUCAUCUACAACUCGGACACCUUCGAGUCGGUGCCCAACCGCGACGGGCGCUACACCUUCGGUGCCAGCUGCGUCAGCCAGUGUCCCUAUAACUACCUUGCGACAGAGGUGGGGUCCUGCACCCUGGUGUGUCCCCAGAACAGCCAGGAGGUGACAGUCAACAACGUCCAGAAGUGUGAGAAGUGCAGCAAGCCCUGCCCAGAGGUUUGCUAUGGGCUGGGAGUGGAUUUCCUCAAGGGCGUCCGAGCCGUCAACGCCUCCAACAUCCAACACUUCAGCGGCUGCACCAAGAUCUUCGGCAGCUUGGCCUUCCUGCCCGAGACCUUCGAGGGGGACCCCAACACCACCACCCCACCGCUGGACCCCAAACUGCUGCGGAUCUUCGAGAGCCUGGAGGAGCUGACGGGCUUCCUCUACAUCGCUGCUUGGCCUCCUGACAUGCAGGACCUGGGAGUCUUCCAGAACCUGCGGGUGAUCCGCGGGCGCGUACUGCACAACGGUGCCUACUCCCUGACGCUGCGGGACCUGGCGGUGCGGGCGCUGGGGCUCCGUGCCCUGCAGGAGAUCAGCAGUGGGAUGGUCCUGGUCCACCACAACCCCCAGCUCUGCUUCCUCCAGAAGGUGCCAUGGGGCAGCAUCUUCCGCAACCCUCGCCAGCGCCUCUUCCAGACCCACAACAAGCCCCCCGAGCAGUGCGAGAGCGAGGGCUUGGUUUGCUUCCACCUCUGUGCCCAGGGGCACUGCUGGGGGCCUGGCCCCACCCAGUGCGUGGCCUGUGAGCGGUUCCUGCGUGGCCAGGAGUGUGUGGCCUCCUGCAACCUCCUAGAUGGAGCCGUCCGGGAGCAUGCCAACGGGACGCGGUGCCUGCCUUGCCACCCUGAGUGCCAGCCCCAGAAUGGCACCGAGACCUGCUUUGGAUCGGUGAGGAUGGGGAGGACAUGGCCAGGGGGAACAUGGAGGGGGUGCCCACAGAUGCCAGGGUGCCCCUCACACAGCUCCCCCCCCCGUCCACAGGAGGCAGACCAGUGCGUGGCUUGUGCCCACUACAAGGACGUGCAGCAGUGCGUGCGGCGCUGCCCCAGUGGGGUGAAGGCUGAUGCCUCCUUUGUGCCAGUCUGGAAGUACCCUGAUGAAGAUGGCAUCUGCCAGCUCUGCCCCACCAACUGCACCCACUCGUGCACAAUCCGGGAUGAGGAUGGCUGCCCUGUGGACCAGAAGCCAAGCCAGGUGACCUCCAUCAUCGCCGGCGUGGUCGGGGCUCUGCUGGUCGUCGUCCUGCUGCUCAUCACUGUCGUCUGCGUCAAGCGCCGGCGGCAGCAGGAGCGGAAGCACACCAUGAAGCGCCUGCUGCAGGAGACCGAGCUGGUGGAGCCUCUGACACCCAGCGGAGCCCUCCCCAACCAAGCCCAGAUGAGGAUCCUGAAGGAGACUGAGCUGAAGAAAGUGAAGGUCCUGGGCUCUGGCGCCUUCGGCACCGUCUACAAGGGCAUCUGGAUCCCGGAUGGGGAGAGUGUGAAGAUCCCUGUGGCCAUCAAGGUGCUGCGGGAGAACACCUCCCCCAAAGCCAACAAGGAGAUCUUGGACGAGGCUUACGUGAUGGCAGGGGUGGGCAGCCCCUACGUGUCCCGGCUGCUGGGUAUCUGCCUGACGUCCACGGUGCAGCUGGUGACACAGCUGAUGCCCUACGGCUGCCUGCUGGACUAUGUGCGGGAGAACAAGGACCGCAUCGGCUCGCAGGACCUGCUCAACUGGUGUGUGCAGAUCGCCAAGGGGAUGAGUUACCUGGAGGAGGUGAGGUUGGUGCACCGGGACCUGGCUGCCCGCAACGUCCUGGUCAAGAGCCCCAACCACGUCAAGAUCACCGACUUCGGGCUGGCACGGCUGCUGGACAUCGACGAGACCGAGUACCACGCUGAUGGGGGCAAGGUGCCCAUCAAGUGGAUGGCACUGGAGUCCAUCCUCCGCCGGCGCUUCACCCACCAGAGCGACGUCUGGAGCUACGGUGUCACCGUGUGGGAGCUGAUGACCUUCGGGGCAAAGCCUUACGACGGCAUCCCGGCGCGGGAGAUCCCUGACCUGCUGGAGAAGGGCGAGAGGCUGCCGCAGCCUCCCAUCUGCACCAUCGACGUCUACAUGAUCAUGGUGAAAUGCUGGAUGAUCGACUCCGAGUGCCGGCCCAAGUUCCGGGAGCUGGUGACGGAGUUCUCACGCAUGGCCAGGGACCCGCAACGCUUCGUGGUCAUCCAGAACGACAUGGUUGGGCUGCCCGGCUCCAUGGACAGCACUUUCUACCGGGCGCUGCUGGAGGAGGAGGACAUGGAGGACCUGGUGGACGCCGAGGAGUACCUGGUGCCGCACCAGGGCUUCUUCAGCGCCGACACCGCCACCGCCUACCGCAGCCGCAUCUCCUCCACGCGGAGCACAGCAGAGACCCCGGUGGACGUGGAGGAGGGCGAGGGCUUGGCUGCCUUCCCCUUGCCCCCUCAGGGCCUGGUGGAGGGCCCAGAGAGCCCCGUGCCAGAGGUGCCCGAGGGGGACGGCGUGGCCAAGGUGGCCCUGCAGAGCCCCUCGGGGCGGGAGCCCAGCACCCUGCCGCGGUACAGCGAGGACCCCACCGGGCUGGCAGCUGAGGAGGACGAGGACCUGGACCCUGAGGGUUUCACCACCCCAGCAGCCCACCCCAGCAGGCCAGAGUACGUGAACCAGGCUGGGGAGCCUUGCCCCUCACCCCGACAGCCCUGCCCGCCCCCAUCCCCACCGGACAAGCCCAAGGGGCACCAGGGCAAGAAUGGGCUCAUCAAAGAUGCCAAGCAGCCCUUCCCGGGCUCCUUUGCCCACGCCGUGGAGAACCCUGAGUACCUGGCACCACCCCCUGGCCCACCUGCCCCCUUCAGCCAAGCCUUCGACAACCCUUACUACUGGAACCAGGACCCCCUCAAGGCUGGCAGCGCCGAGGGUGGCCCUGGCACGACGCCCACGGCCGAGAACCCUGAGUACCUGGGCCUGGCUGGCCCCGACGCCGCCGUCGUGUAGGGGCUGGGGCCGCGGGGACCUCCCCUCAACUUCACUGAGGCAGCUCGGGGAGGGGCAGCGCCUGGCGAAGCCCUGGCUGUGCCCUCCGCCUGCGAUGCCAGCCACAGAGGGCUGGGAGAGCCCAGGACGCUGUGGGACAGCAGUGUGGGGGACAGAGAGAGGUCACCCUUCGUGCCAGGUGGGCACUGUUGGGGUCGACCCUUGUGCCACGCUGAGCUGGACGGUGCCAACUGCGACCAGGAGGAAUUCAGGCUGGAGAAGGACACCAGGGAGGGCAUCUCAAAGGCUUCCUCAGCCACCUCUCCACGGCUGUCCUGGUUUGGCUCAUGCCAUGGGCAUCACCACCACUGCCACCCUCCUCCCCCGGUGCCAGGGCAGCGCCGGGACAGACGGACUUGCACUGAGAGCAGAGGGAGGUUGGGCUGUGCCCCAGCCCCCCCCCCCCCCCCCCCGGAGCCUCCUGGAGCACCCAGAUGUAUAUUUGGUAACUGUACAUGGUUGGGUUUUGAUA